CCGUAACCGGAGCGGAGUGACAAAUGGACAGCUGGCCGCUCGGGCAGCUCACCUGUUUGAGCAAGCUGUUCCGUUUGUCCUGAUUUCGAGGAGGGAGCUAUGGAGGCCGCUUCCGCUUCUGACCUGGAGUUUGCGGCAGUAGGCUACAAGGAGCAGCUCGAGCAAGUGAAGAGAUUACUGGUUGCUGAACCAGGCAAUGCUGAAUACUUGCAGCUGCAUGACGAGUUGGUUGAAAUCGUCAGCCUCACAGAAGAGCUCCUGAACACCGCACCGCAGAUCCUUGAGCAAGCCUUAGAAGCUGGGCAUCAAAAUUUCGAGCUAUAUCAAGGAGAUAGAACUACUGCCGUAGACGCUUCUGACAGCGCUGCCCCAAGCAUUGGUCCUUCUUUGCCAGCUUACAAUGUAAGGGAGCAGCAAAGAGCCGAGAUUGGGGUGGCUGUUGGAGAGUCGGGUCCGUCUCAAACGCAUCAAGAGGAUGGGGGGCAUCUGGGGCCUUUGCAUGGGCAUCAGGAUUGUCCGGAACAUAGUGGUCAACACCAGCAUCAAUUACUGGGAAAGAGAAAACAGAUGCAUCCUCGAAACAAGUACGCUGACGCGCCACCAGACUUUGACCAGCUCGCAGCCAAGUACCCCUCCUUUGCCCCGUAUGUGUAUCACUCCGCAGCUGGGCGCCCAAACAUCGAGUGGACUGACUUCAACGCAUCUCGGGAGCUGACGCGCGUCCUCCUCGACCAUGAUCACGGUGUCAAGUGGUGGAUUCCAGAUGGCCAAUUGUGUCCAACAGUGACAAACCGGGCUAACUACAUCCACUGGAUUGAAGACCUGCUGUACCUAUCGCCCGCGCCGUGGCAUGCCCAGGGGCCACAAACGAAAAGCGGACACGUCACCGGGCUUGACAUCGGCGUUGGAGCCAAUUGCAUCUAUCCACUCUUAGGUGCAACUUUGAACGGUUGGAAGCUCGUGGGAACAGACGUUACGCCGGUUGCUCUGACAUGGGCCCAGAAAAACGUGGACGCCAACCCGCACCUGGCCCCGCUGAUAGAGAUUCGGUCCGCUAAAGUAGAAUCAGGUCCAGAACUCGACACCAAGCGAGAGCGUGUGAUAGACAAAAAAGAAAGCUCGCAUCCGGAGGCAAGUGGAGGACACAGCCCAGAGGACGGUGGGGCUAACACGACUGGGGGUGAGCACGGGGAAAGUCUUCGCUCAGCUCCUCAUAAAGGAAAUGGACCUGAAGCAAGCGCCAGCGAGCGGGGGCCGGAAGAGUCAGCAGACGAUGAGGACGCACCGGCCGCACCGCCCCACCCCAUUCUGGACGGAGUGCUGCGGCCAGGGGAGUGCUUCGACUUCUGCAUGUGCAAUCCCCCUUUUUUCGAGAGCAUGGACGAAGCGGCGGCAAACCCGCGUACUGCGUGCGGGGGCACGGAAGCGGAGAUGGUGUACCCGGGGGGGGAGGAGGAGUUCGUGGCGCGCAUAAUUGCGGACAGCUGUGCGCUCAAGGGGCGCGUGCACUGGUACACCAGCAUGGUGGGCAAGAAAGGCAGCCUCAAGAAAUUGGUGGCGCUGCUGCGCAAGAAGCGGGUGGCGGCUACAGAAACGACCGAGUUCGUCCAGGGGAAAACCUCUCGAUGGGGCCUAGCGUGGUCUUUCACGCCCAGGAAGAUGACAGCCGCCAUGAAGGAGGCGGUAGCGAAGCAGCUGCCGCAGCGCACCAAGAUCUCCUUCACCCUGCAGCGACUGGGGCGGCAAACCGCGGCCUGGACCGUACUGCAAGCGAUCCGGGAGGAGCUCCAGCGAGAGCGCGCCACGUGUCAAGUCAACGAGGCGACUUUCGCCCUCCAGGCCCGCAUUCCCGCUGGCGCUCUAACGGUCCCCAGGGGAGAGGCGGAUGAUAAUACGGAGGCAGAAGAUACGGGCGAGGCUGGGCCGGAAGAGAAGCGUAGAAGGUUAGAAACAGGUGGAAUGGAGCAUGGCGAAUUCGCGGUUAAGGUCUCGGUGUUUCAGCAGGCCCCUGGUACCCUGUUGGUGUCGGCCAUCUUGACGGAGCAGCGAGUUCCAAUAGCCACGACGGCUGCUUUCGGAACGUUGUUUGACCGGGUAGAGGAGAAGUUGAGAAAACGCUUCAAGAGUGCUUGAAGCAGCACGUGAAGUCCGUCUUCCUAAGUCGCAUUGUGCACAAGCUUUCACGUUCUAUCGCAGCUACGACUUGAUUCGUUGUUCGGAAAGGCUGCCAGCCCCCAGAGUCUAAAGUCCCAGAAAGGCGUUGUACUAGUCGGACGACCUGCCGUUCGUCACCAUCCUGCAUCGCGAUUUCUAACAUGGCACCGUCUUAGCAU